AAAUAUUAAAUAAAUUGUUUUAAAGGGCUGUUUUUGACAGUAUCUUAAUUAUUUGUCUGUAUAUCGUUGUAAAAAUAAUAUGCUUAAUACACCUAAACUCAGUUACACUCGGAAUUGUUCAAAUGGGAUUGAAUGUUUUAUUAUGCCACACUGUUAUUUCAGCUGUUGCCAACAAUUUGCUCCUGGUGGGCGAUCACUUUGUUGUAAAGAAAUUCAACUCAAUUUUUAGAUUCGCAUUACACGCAGCUAUCGCAUCAUUUCUUUUUUAUCACGAGCUUCCAAAAUUAGGAGAUACGUAUUUUUCUUAUCUAGGGUUGCCUAUUACCGCAACACAUAGCGAUGUGUUAAAAUCGUACGACAAAAUUCAGGACUUCCUAAAGACCGGCUCACCUGAAGUUGUCGCUAAGAUUAAAAGAGCAUACCAGAUUCUUUCAAACCAAGAAUCUAGAAUAUUAUAUUCUGUAUACGGAGAUGUUGAUAUAGAUGCAAAGAAUCCUCAAGAUUUUACAAUUAUCGUACUUACUGUUUCACUCUCAUACUACUGUGUUUCUGCUAUACUCUGUUGCGCUUUAAACAGGUCUAACAGACUUAAGUUCGCAAAAUAUGUCACUGUUCUAUACAACGCCAUCGGCUUCUUUCUGGAGGUUGAGUUGAGGUUUCUGUACGCUGGUUUCAUGAAAAACGUUUUCUACUUGAAUAAACUUCUACCAUAUCAACACGUUGAGUUUUUGAGAGCUAUACCACCUUUCGUGAUGAUGGUCGCUUCACUCUUGACCCACUCCUUUAUCACCGACAUGGAUAAGCUAAACAUGUUACUAUGGCAAUCAGCUGUUGCCACUAAUGGCGUUAUUCUUGAAAAAAUGGCAAACGUGGUUAAUGCUACAGAUUAUCUCAGAAGUCUAGGGAGGGAUAAUCUCAAUCUGCCUGAAGAUUUAUUCAAGUUUGAGCCCAGGGGUUCUGGUUUCGGAGAAUUCUUAGACUCUCUAGAUGAAUCUCAGAAGAAGAAGUUGGUGGACUUAUUGAGCAACGGAAACGGCAAAACGAAGAAAUCCAAAUCAAAAAUCAUGGGAUUCUUGAAGCCAGCUUUAAUAUACAUUGUAAUGUUCCUUAUAAUCCGUGUUUUUUUAAAAUGAACUUAAAAUUUAAUCUUUACCAAAGGUUU